GGAAGUAUACAAAUAAUCAAAUAUAUACAAAUUACAAUGCACUCUGUGUAGUCGUAGUGAACUUUAAUGAGCAGUAAUGAAGUGGAGUGUUAUUGCGCUUACAUGUCAACACAGCCGAAACCUGCAUGCGUAUGAAUAUGAGCUUAACGUUCGUCAAAAGAAGGGCCUCAUCGAUGCCGACACCUUGGUCCUCACCGUCGAAGACCCAAAGGCACGCGUUGGGAGUGGUGGUGCCACUCUCAAUGCACUGCUGGUGGCAGCAGAGUACUUGAGUGCAAAACAAGGCUAUACUGUUGUAAAUGGUGACGCAUUGACGAAUGCAUCUAUUCUGAUUCUCCACAUGGGCCGGGACUUUCCAUUCGACCCAUGUGGUAGAGCGUUCACUUCGUUACCGGCAACUCAGACCAUCGGAGACAAGUACGGCGGACUCCUGUGUAACAUUGACAGCCUUUUCGACACUGUCACACGUAAGUUGGCAGGGAAAGCUCCCCCUGGUGUGUGGGUUUGCAGCACUGAUAUGUUCCUCACUGUGCCACAACAUUCAGCAGGGUCAGUUGGCCUGCCUUUAUUUGCCUGA